AUGUUCGCUAUUAAGACUAAAGGCAGUACUUUAGCCAAGAGAAUGUCUAGCUUAAGCUCUUCUAAGUUCAAAGCCAAGCCGAUGUCUCUUAACAAGCUGAACUGGAGCACUAGCCUGAUGGGCACCGCUUGGAAGAACAGCCCCCUUAACACCUUGGAUACGGUCAUAGAUCUCGCCACUUUUAUAUCCCAUAAGAAGAAGUUGUUUUCGGCAUUUAGAAAGGGAUUUGCUGUUGUCUUGGACGCUAAAGCCAAGACUUACGGAGCCAAGUCCUUUUCUAAGGGCAAAAGCCGCCGAGCUGACGACCUUGUGGACGCCGACAAGUUGAAGGAUUUUAAAGAGAGCUUGCGACCGAUUGAGUUGUCCUUUGACGACUUUGAUUCAAGUAUGGAGAUCACUUUGGAAAGUGCGAAAUCCACCCGUGAACUACGGUUCACGGGCCAAAUCGACGAAUCUAAGGCAUCAUCUUCUCAACCGGAAUCCUCAGACCGCGCUUUCGAUGAGGCUAUGGAAGCCCUAGGUGACUUGCUCGAAGACGAGGACGACCCAACUAGUGGCUCUGGACCUUACUCUAGCCUCGCUGACCCUCCGUCGGCCAAGUUCACACUUAUCAACGAUGCUACUAACAAGCGCAAGAACGACACGCGCUCUUUCACCCUUGAGGAUGCUGCUGCUGGCACGUCAUCGUCCAAUGCUGGCCCUGCUAAAAGAAGAAGACCCUCCCAGCUUGAGGAGAACGAAGGAGUUGAGGACGUGAGCACGGAAGGAGACCAUGAGGAAGCUGCCGAGGCGUAG